AUGGCCCAAAUCCAGCAGCUCUUUACCGCAGCCGCGCAGCCACUACCAGCUAUCAGCGAUCCCAGCUUCGCUUCUCAUUUUGACGACUUUGCAAAGUACAAGGUUGUCCUACUGGGCGAUGGAAGUCAUGGAACUUCGGAAUUCUACUCCGCGCGUGCGGAAAUCACAAAGCGCCUCAUCGCGCAGCACGGCUACACAAUGGUCGCCGUGGAAGCCGACUGGCCCGACGCGGAAGCCGUCGACCGCUACGUGCGCCAACGACCUGGUCCUAAAGCCGGCGUCGGCGGCCACACGACAGACUACGAGCCCUUCGGGCGGUUCCCGACGUGGAUGUGGCGCAACCGCGAGAUGCAGGAUCUGUGUGAGUGGAUGCGGGACCGGAACUCAAAGCUGCCGGAUAAUCAGAAGGCGGGGUUCUACGGGCUGGACUUGUAUAGUAUGGGGGCAUCGAUCCGGGCUGUGAUUGAUUAUCUGGAUCAUGUUGAUCCGCAGGCGGGCAAGGACGCGCGCAGGCGGUAUGGGUGUCUGCAGCCGUGGGUUGAUGAUCCAACGGCAUAUGGACUGGCUUCGUUACGGGGGCUGCAGGAUUGCGAGAGCCAGGUUAUGACUAUGUUGAGGGAUAUUCUGGAGCGGCGGGUGCAGUAUGCGAGGGAGAAUGCGGAGCGCGAUGGCGAUGAGUUCCAUAGUGGCGAGCAGAAUGCGUAUGUUGUGCGUGAUGCGGAGCGGUACUAUAAAGCUAUGUACUAUAGCUCCGCGACGUCGUGGACGUUGCGCGAUACGCAUAUGUUCGAUACACUGCGGCGGCUGUUCCAGCAUAAUCCCACAGGCAAGGCGAUUGUCUGGGCGCACAACUCGCACGUUGGCGAUGCACGCUAUACAUCCAUGGGAAGCCGCCGCAACGAGCUGAACAUCGGGCAAUUGUGCCGCGAGAACUUCGGCCGCGAGCACGUCGCCAUUCUCGGCUGCGGGACACACACGGGUACCGUCGCUGCCGCGCACGAAUGGGACGAUGAUAUGGAAGUCAUGGACGUGCGUCCUUCCCGCAACGACUCCUGGGAAAUGCUCGCGCAUCAGACUGGUAUCCCCAGCUUCGUCCUUGAUCUCAGGCAAGACAAGAUCGACCCCGCGCUGAGGGAGGCAAUGGCGGCAGAGACGUUACGGCUGGAGAGGUUUAUCGGGGUGAUUUAUAGGCCGGAGACAGAGCGGAUUUCGCAUUAUUCGCAGGCGUUUUUGCAGGAUCAGUUUGAUGCGUAUGUGUGGUUUGAUCGAACGCAGGCGGUGCGCGAGUUGGAGAGAAUUCAGCCGGCGACGCCGUUGGGGAAGGGGGAGACGUAUCCGUUUGGUGUUUAG